AUGUCGCUGUUAGACACCACUUUUGUGAACAACGAGUUGUCCAAGAGGACAUGGGUUUUUGGGCUCCAUUUGUACAUGGUGAUCGGAAUAGCCCUUGGAGUAGUUAUUGUGCUCAUACUCUUCCUCAUUUCCCUCUGCAUCACCGCCUAUCGCCGCCGUAGCAGCAGUGGAAAGGGCGGGCGCCGCCGUCCGGCGAGCGAGAUUACUCCAGUCGUCUCGAAGGAGAUCCAGGAGAUCACUACAACGGCGGCCGCUGCCGCCGAACAACGCCCCAUUGCGCCUAUGGCUGUGCCUGAAAUACAGAUAGAUAUGGGGAAGGUAGAACACAGGGUAGUGUUUUCGGAUCGGGCAACGUCUAGUGGCGAGAGCAAGGCCACUAGUGGGCCCGACACGGGCUCGUUUAGUGGUGGUGGCGGCAGUGGUGGUUCGUUGCCUGAGGUGUCUCAUUUGGGGUGGGGAAGAUGGUACACUCUGAGGGAGCUUGAAGCAGCCUCUAAUGGCUUGUCUGAUGAGAAUGUGAUUGGCGAGGGUGGAUAUGGUAUUGUAUAUUAUGGAGUUUUGGCUGAUAAUACUCGAAUCGCGAUAAAGAAUUUGUUGAACAAUAGGGGCCAAGCUGAAAAGGAGUUUAGAGUGGAGGUUGAGGCAAUUGGGCGCGUUAGACACAAAAAUCUCGUUAGGUUGCUGGGGUACUGUGUCGAAGGUGCUUACAGGAUGCUUGUAUAUGAAUAUGUUGACAAUGGGAAUUUGGAUCAGUGGCUUCAUGGGGAUGUCGGCCAAGUUAGCCCUUUGACGUGGGAAAUUCGGAUGAAUAUUAUUUUAGGAACUGCAAAGGGCUUGGCUUAUCUUCACGAGGGUCUCGAACCAAAGGUUGUUCAUCGAGACAUCAAGACCAGCAACAUACUGCUUGACCGAAACUGGCAUCCUAAGCUGUCUGAUUUCGGGCUCGCCAAACUUUUGAACUCCGAGAUAUCUUAUGUGACGACACGAGUGAUGGGAACAUUUGGUUAUGUUGCGCCAGAAUACGCUUGCACUGGUAUGCUAAACGAGAAGAGUGACAUUUACAGCUUCGGAAUAUUAAUUAUGGAGAUUAUUACAGGAAGAUCACCUGUCGAUUAUAGUCGGCCACCUGGAGAGGUUAAUCUGGUCGACUGGCUUAAAGUGAUGGUUGCGAACAGGAAAACUGAAGAGGUUAUCGACCCUAAGCUGCCAGAACGGCCUGCCUCGAAAGCGCUAAAACGAGUCAUCUUGGUGGCCCUUAGAUGUGUCGACCCGGAUGCUCUAAAGAGACCCAAAAUGGGACAUAUUAUACACAUGCUGGAGUCCGAGGACUUACAAUCUCGCGAAGAGAGAAGAUCAGGCCGUGAAUCAUCGAGUUCGUUGAGAGAAGAUGAGAAUCACUCGGGUCGAAGUUCGACGAAGUAA